AUGGCUGUAUGGUCACAAGCAGUAUGGUUACGAGUCGUAUGGUUACAAGUCGUAUGGUCACAAGUCGUAUGGUCACAAGUCGUAUGGUCAAAAGCCGUAUGGUCACAAGCCGUAUGGUCACAAGCCGUAUGGUCACAAGCCGUAUGGUCACCAGCCGUAUGGUCACAAGCUGUAUGGUCACAAGCCGUAUGGUUAUCAGCCGUGUUAUCACAAGUCGUAUGGUUACAAGCCGUAUGGUCACAAGUCGUAUGGCCACAAGUCGUAUGGUCACAAGUCGUAUGGUUAAAAGCCGUAUGGUUACAAGCCGUAUGGUCAGAAGCUGUAUGGUCACAAGCCGUAUGGUUAUCAGCCGUGUGA